AUGACCUCGUCAAUUGAGGCUACUUCGUCUACCCCUGGGGGAAAGGCGGACAAUCCGCAUACAACCCCCAUGAAGAGAGUCGAUGUUGACGGACAUAAUCUUCCUCCAUCUCCUGCACCCUCCAGUCCUCGCAACGGCCGGUGGCGGUAUGCCUUGGCAACCGAGUUAGUCUUUACCGAGAGCAAGGAUCAAUAUGGUGCCUCGAGCAUCCCCAUCUACCAAUCCGCCACGUUCAAGCAGACAUCGGCCAGUGGAGGUCAGCAAGAUUACGACUACACGCGAUCCGGCAACCCGACCCGAAGUCACCUCGAGCGCCAUCUGGCCAAGAUCAUGAACACAAACCGAGCGCUUGCCGUCAGCUCUGGUAUGGGUGCAUUGGAUAUCAUUUCUCGUCUACUCCGCCCAGGCGACGAAGUCAUCACCGGCAACGACCUCUAUGGUGGCACGCAUCGUCUCCUCACAUACAUGGCCACUAAUCAGGGAAUCGUUGUUCACCAUGUCAACACUACCGAUGCCAGCUCCAUUAAACAAUGCAUUUCGGAUAAGACUGCGAUGGUUCUCUUAGAGUCCCCAACAAACCCUCUCAUUAAGAUAGUGGAUAUAUCCUCAAUUUCUCGUAUGACACAUGAGGCAAACCCCAAAGCGCUUGUAAUCGUCGACAAUACUAUGCUAUCCCCUAUCCUCUGCAACCCAAUCGACCUCGGCGCGGAUAUCGUGUACGAGUCAGGCACAAAGUAUCUGUCCGGCCACCACGACAUCAUGGCGGGUGUUAUCGCGUUCAAUGAUACUUCCAUUGGGGACAAGCUCUUCUUCACCAUAAACUCGACCGGCUGCGGGCUGUCCCCUAAUGACUCCUUCUUGCUCAUGAGGGGCGUCAAAACACUGGCGAUUCGAAUGGAGAAGCAGCAGGCCAAUGCACAGGCUAUUGCAGAGUUUCUCGAGUCGCACGGUUUUCGCGUGCGAUACCCUGGCCUAAAGUCUCACCCGCAGUAUGACUUACACUGGUCCCUAGCUCGUGGUGCUGGCGCUGUUCUCUCAUUUGAGACUGGCGAUCCCUUGGUCUCAAAGCGUAUUGUGGAGGCAGCACGACUCUGGACAAUUAGUGUUAGCUUUGGGUGCGUCAACAGUCUCAUUAGCAUGCCCUGCCAGAUGAGCCAUGCAAGCAUCGAUGCCAAGACUAGGCGAGAACGUCAGAUGCCUGAGGACAUUAUCCGACUCUGCGUCGGCAUUGAAGACGUGGACGAUCUAAUUGAGGACUUAUAUCGUGCGCUCGUGCAGGCACGUGCCGUGAAAGUAACGUUGGAUGGAUUUCAUGCAGCCGGGGCCGCAGAAGAGCUGGGGAAGGAACCUCUAGCACUCAGUUAA